GAGCAUGCCAUUUUACAUAAUGCCUCCCCUUAACCAAGUCGUUUAAAUCAGUAAGGCUUCAGGCUUGGUCAGCCAUCGGAGCAACGGCAUCGGCGUGCCGGGUAGUCAUGAGGACGGUUCGCUGAAAGGAUUCCAUGUCUGUAUGGUAUGUACUGUCUACAAAGUUUUGCUUGGACACCUGUGACUGUACCGCUACAUAAUCGUGUUGUAGUGACCAGGAAGCCACAUCGGCUUUGUAACCAGGAAGUCCCACCUGGAUGUGACUCAAGGGAAUAUGGUGAUGCAAGAGGCGAUACCGGAUAUAGCAACCUCUGUUCGAUGAAUUGUCACGACUUAUCAAGCUGAGCAAGCAUUCCGCUGAUACCCGAGCAAGCAUUUCACCGAUAUCGCCAACUUAUUUGCCAGUUGUCCUUCCUUUCCAACUUCCGGGCCAUUCUUGACCUACACAUUUUUCGAUUCCAACCUAAUCAAAACCCUUUGUUAAAACGCUGGCGUGAGAAGACUAUACUGAAAAUCGCAUCGAAAGGAGAAGACCCAUCACGACCCAUUAGACAAUCAGAACAUGCUCAGUCGUCGGACAACGUUCUAUAUCAUUUGGGGAGCGAUCCACCUUUUUAUAUUCAUCUACGGGUGGUGGAAGCAGGAGACAGAUCAACGAUUAGCUGCACUGAAUAAGCUAGAGUACUCAGUUUGGAUUUCUAGGGGCGCCGGCUUAUGCCUUUGUCUCGAUGGGUUCGCACUUUUUAUACCAGUCUGCAGAAACCUUAUGCACCUUUUAAGACCGAGGAUAGGAUGGCUCGUCUCAGUCGACAGUAACAUUUGGUUUCAUCGUCAGGUUGCCUACACCACCUUAUUCUUUACCGCAAUUCACACCACAGCCCAUUAUGUGAACAUGUUCCAUGUUGAAACAACUCAGAUCCGACCCGAAAAGGCAAUCGAAAUCAUGUACAGUGAAACGGGACCUUUGACUGGUCACAUUAUGUUGUUUAUAAUGGUCUUGAUGUACACUACGGCGUCCACAAAAAUUCGAACGCAGUGCUUCGAGGCAUUUUGGUACACCCAUCACUUGGCAUUCUUCUGGGCGUUAUGUUUGUAUACCCAUGCCGCCGGAUGCUUCGUCCGAGGAGCCCUCCCAGAUCAUAAAGCCCAAUGCUUGGGAUACAAUAGCGUCUACGUGACUGUUUGGAGUGGGCUCGCAUACUUUUGUGACCGCGUCUUCAGAGAAAUCAGAGGAAGGGGUCGGAGUGAAAUCAGUGCGGUCUUGAUCCAUCCGUCUGGAACGGUCGAGAUCCGAAUGCUCAAAGCCGGAUUUAAAUACGUACCUGGGCAAUGGAUUUUCUUCCAAAUGCCUGAAGUCUCUCGAUUUCAGUGGCACCCGUUCACGAUUUCUAGUGCUCCGGAUGACCCAUAUAUCUCGAUUCACGUUCGACAGGUUGGUGACUUUACCAAGGCUGUUGGCACUAGGCUGGGUGCCACACCCCAGCUUAUGGCUACACUCAAUCAACCAUCCGAGUUUUCGGUGGAAGAUUGUGGCGAAUUUCACGAUAUCACUACCAUCAGAUCUCGAGACUUACCUCUGGUUCGGAUCGAUGGGCCUUAUGGCUCACCCGCCCAAGACGUUUUCAAAUGUGAAGUAGCGAUAUUGAUAGGAGCAGGGAUUGGCGUGACACCCUUUUCGAGUAUUUUGAAAAAUAUAUACUACAUGCAAGCACAGGGAAAGCUUGGUUUACUGAGAAAAGUGCAGUUUAUUUGGAUCAACAAAGAAAUCACCUCAUUCAGUUGGUUCAAAACCUUACUGAAAAAUCUAGAAGAUAUCCAACAUGAUUACUCAUUCUUAAGGAUGGACAUGUAUCUAACCGGAUCAAUGGAUGAAGAUACAAUUUCAAAUGUAGUCCUGAACACGGGUGCCCACAAGUUUGAUUCAUUGACUGGCUUGAAGUCGCAAACUCAUUUUGGCAAGCCACAUUGGAAAAAAGAUGUGUUUGAUCCAAUCAGGAAAGCUAUCCAUUCUGGAGAUUGGUACGAAAGGGAUAUCUCUGGGACAACUAAAGUUGGAUGUUUUUAUUGUGGCCCUCGCCCACUAGCCAAAACUUUAGAACAAGAAUGUCGCCAAGCUACUACGGAUAAAGUCAAAUUUGAAUUUCAUAAAGAGAGAUUUUAACUUGUUACACUUGGCAUUUGUGAUUUUUUUUCUUGUUUCCGUCUUGAACAUAUCUCUUUUCUUGACAAAAAUUAAUGACCUGUAAAUAAUUUGGGGCCAAAAAGUGAAAGAUUUUGGUGUAAAUGUAUUUACCUAUUUGUAUCUUUCUUUUUUUUUCUCCAAGGAUCUUCAUCUCUCCUUACACCUGCUCUCCCCUGAUUGUUUGUAUUUUUUAUCCAGCUGUGGACUCUUCAACUUUCAUGAAUCCCCUUGAAUGUGCAUAAUACAAAUAACUAUAGAUUAGUUUGCAAAAAAUCUAAAUUGACCUUUGAAAAC